AUGGACAUUGAUGGCGGUAUAUUUAUGCCUCAGCUUACAAAGCUGCUUGUGGCCAGUGAAAAUGUUGAUUAUAAAGCAAAGCAAGCGUAUGCGUUGUGUGAAAAACUUUUGAUGCCCAGAAAGAUAGCAGCAAAUUUGGCCACAAAAUUUACAGACGCUCUGGCUGCUGGUCCGGGACCACGUGCAGACGCAUUGCUUCAGAAAGUUUGUUUUUAA